AUCUCACUGUGUAAAAGAGACGGUACCGUUGACCGGUCACUCGAUCCUACGGCGCUUUAAAGAUGGCGGAGCGCAUGGCCGCACGCUUGGCCGCUCAGGAGGAGCAGAUCGCGGUGUUGAGUCGUGAGAUCAGCCGCCUGCAGGACGGGCUGACGGACGGGUUCGACUUCAGCACUCUGGCCAGCGGCUCGAACCUGGACGCGUUGCGCACCGAGAACGAGAAACUUAAAUACCGGCUGCUGCACCUCCGCCGGGGCCUUCGAUCCGAGCAGGAGCAGAACAAGAACCAGAACAAAAAACAGAACAAGAACCAGAACCAGAGAACACAGGACACAAACCAAAACAAAACCGAGGAACCAAAGGAGAAGAUUCGCUCAAAGCAGAAAGUGACGUCAUCAAAAGUAAAAUCACUAGACAGUCAAGAGAUAAACAAGAAGAAGGAUGGAGUGAAGGCAGCAGGAGAGUUAAACCCUUGGCCUGGUUUUAUCUCCGAGCGUCUGGAGCUCUAUGAUCAGCUGAAGAAGGAGAGCGACUCUAUUCUGGCUGAACGAGCGGCGGGCGGGAAACCCAUCACCAUUCAACUUCCUGAUGGACAGACUGUGCCGGCCACAGCCUGGGUGAGCAGCCCGUAUCAGAUCGCCUGCAACAUCAGUCAGGGUCUUGCAGAUAACUGUGUGAUUGCCCGGGUGAAUGGAGAACUGUGGGAUCUGGACAGACCGCUGGAGACCGACUGCAGUCUGGAACUUCUGCGCUUUGACCAUGAGGACGCUCAAGCUGUGUAUUGGCAUUCCAGCGCUCAUAUCCUGGGAGAAGCCAUGGAGCGUUUCUACGGCGGAUGUCUCUGUUACGGUCCACCCAUCGAGAACGGCUUCUACUACGACAUGUUCCUGGAUGGGCAAAAAGGAGUGUCAAGCACUGAGUUCAGUAAUCUGGAGAACAUCUGUAAAGCCAUCGUGAAGGACAAACAGACAUUUGAGAGACUGGAGGUCAGUAAGGAAACCCUGCUGAAGAUGUUUAAGUACAACAAGUUCAAAUGUCGCAUUCUGAAUGAGAAGGUGUCUACACCCACCACCACAGUGUACAGGUGCGGCCCUUUGAUUGAUCUGUGUCGAGGGCCACAUGUACGACACACGGGGAAAAUUAAAGCUAUGAAGAUCUAUAAGAAUUCAUCUACAUACUGGGAAGGUCGUGCGGAUAUGGAGACUCUCCAGCGGAUCUACGGAAUCUCUUUUCCUGACAGCAAAAUGCUAAAGGAAUGGGAACGCUUUCAAGAGGAGGCCAAAAACAGAGACCACCGCAAAAUCGGGAAGGAUCAGGAACUUUUCUUCUUCCAUGAUCUGAGUCCAGGCAGUUGCUUCUUUCUUCCGCGAGGAGCUUACAUCUACAACACGCUGACAGAGUUCAUCAGGGAGGAGUACUGCAGACGAGGCUUUCAGGAGGUGGCCUCUCCAAACAUCUUUAACAGUAAACUGUGGGAGACGUCCGGUCACUGGCAGCACUAUAGUGACAACAUGUUCUCCUUCCCUGUUGAGCAGGACGUCUUUGCUUUGAAACCCAUGAACUGUCCUGGACACUGUCUGAUGUUCGGUCAUCGACCGCGCUCCUGGCGUGAACUGCCACUCAGAUUUGCUGACUUUGGUGUCCUGCAUCGCAACGAGCUGUCGGGAACUCUGACGGGACUCACCAGAGUCCGACGCUUCCAGCAGGAUGACGCUCAUAUAUUUUGCACUAUGGAUCAGAUCGAGUCAGAAAUGAAGGGCUGUCUGGAUUUCUUGCGCUGCGUCUAUGAUGUGUUCGGAUUCUCCUUCCAACUGCAUCUCUCCACGCGUCCGGAGAAGUUCCUGGGAGACAUCGCUGUGUGGAACCAGGCUGAAAAGCAACUUGAGAACAGCCUGAAUGAGUUUGGUGAGCCAUGGAAGCUAAAUCCAGGUGAUGGAGCUUUUUAUGGACCUAAGAUUGACAUUAAGAUUAAAGAUGCCAUCGGUCGAUAUCACCAGUGUGCCACUAUUCAACUAGACUUCCAGUUACCCAUACGCUUCAAUCUGGUCUAUGUGGGGAAAGAUGGAGAUGAUAAAGCACGACCGGUGAUCAUUCACAGAGCUAUUCUGGGUUCAGUAGAGAGAAUGAUCGCCAUACUCACAGAGAACUACGCUGGGAAAUGGCCACUGUGGUUGUCUCCACGCCAAGUGAUGGUGGUGCCUGUCAAUCCAUCUCUUGAAGAAUACGCCAAACAGGUGUGUAAGCGGUUCGUCGAAUCCGGUUUCAUGGCCGAUGCUGAUCUGGAUUCCAGUUGCCUUCUGAACAAGAAAAUUCGCAACGCACAACUGUCGCAAUACAAUUUUAUCUUGGUGGUGGGUGAGAAAGAACGGCUGACUAACAGCGUGAACGUGCGCACCAGAGACAAUAAAGUCCAUGGAGAGCUGACGGUGGAUGAGGUGAUGGCCAGAUUGAGUUUGCUGAAACAGUCCAGGUGUAGGAAUGCUGAAGAAGUCUUCUGAACCAUAGCAUAGCUGUCAGCUCUGAGUCUUUAUUCAGCUGAGGAGAAAACUAAGAUGCAAGUCUGAGAUGGAGAGUGAGAAGAACAAAAUACUAAUAAAGGGCAAAAAUAUUAAAGGUCACGAGUAUGAAGGGAUGGAGAGCAGUUUGUAUCUGUAGUGUGAGCUCUCGACUUAAUGUCAAAUGAAAAGUACUUCAGAAGGUUUAAAUGAUGUUGUCGGUUUUUGUGUGAAAAUGCUUAGAAUAAAGACUGUUUAAAACUG